AUGCAGAAAGCAGCUUUCACUGAGCAACAUGGGAAGAAGAGCGCUGACAAGUCAUGCUCUACGGACAUCCAACCCGAGCGUGCGGCAAAGGAUAUUUUUCAACGUGACACAGAAGUGAUAAAUGCUGAGGUAAUGUGGUGUCUCAAUGCUGUCAUGACACACACAUCAUUCCGUGCUGCCGCGGCAUCGGCUUCUCUGUUCCCAUUGAUGUUUCCAUCAUCAGCUACUGCCAAGAAAGUGCAGCUUGGUAAAGAUAAGGUGGGAUAUACUAUUGUCUAUGGCCUCGCACCUUUCUUUAGAGAGAGCCUCAUGUCGGAAUUGAACCAAGCCUCCUACCUCGUCUUAGCGUUUGACGAAUCGUUAAACAAAGUUGCACAAAAGGAGCAAAUGGACGUGUUGGUUCGCUUUUGGUCGGAUGCAGAGGGAAGCGUGAAAACACGCUACCUGACGUCAUGCUUUCUUGGGCGCACGCGAGCUGAAGAAUUGGUGUCCGCAUUUAAAAGUGCCACUGAUGGACUCUUACGUUCGAAAAUUCUUCAGAUAUCAAUGGACGAGCCAAACGUCAACAUGAAGUUUCUCCGUGAGAUCAAGCAAGAACUGUGUGAAUCCUAUGACGGCCGCCAAAUUCUCGACGUUGGAAGCUGUGGCCUUCAUGUAGUGAACGGCGCGUUGUGGGGUCUGAUGUGGGGAAGACAGACAUAUGGAGCGCUCCAGACCACCACCUGCUCUGCUAUCACUGCAGAGAAGCCAGCCACAUCAGCCGCCAAUGCCCUUAGCGUGAGACGGGACUGCGAGGUUUUGCCAUCAGCGUGCCGCGCCCAGAGCAAAGUGAACGGCCGCAACGCAGUGGAGACCCAAAUGACCUUCCCGUUCACUGUCACCUGGACGCUACCUGUCGCCGCAGGGCCGACCAUACACUGA